AAAAGUCAACAUAAUGAUUCCCUGCCCUCCGGGCCAGAGAGCUGGAAUUGGGAAAGCUCUUCUCUCAGUUCUUUUUUUUCUUCUGUUUUUUUUUUUUGGGUGUUUAGUUUUAGUUGCAGAGAGAGAGAGAGAGAUCAAUUAAAUCCAAAACAGAAACUGUCCGAAAACUGAAGUUUCUAAAAUGGGAAACUCACAGUGCCUUCACAGAUGUUGUAACGGCGCCGAAACUCCCGCGUCCUCUUUCUCGCCAUAUAAAGCCGGUGAAUCUCCGCCUCCACCGUCAUCUCCGGCUAUCAAUAUGGCGGUUCCGUACAGCGACGCCGAUUCCAGCUUGCGCUCUCUCGCCGGCGCCGCCGAGGGCUUCGGUCGUUCCGCCGUCGGUGGCCUCCACGGCCCCAUUCACUUCGUCACUUCUUUAGCCGAGGACGGACCAGGGUCGCUGAGGGAGGCUUGCAGAAGGACAGAGCCGCUGUGGAUAGCGUUCAAAGUCUCGGGAACGGUCAAUCUGACGUCGUUCUUGAGCGUAUCGUCGCACAAAACGAUAGACGGGAGAGGGCAGAGGAUCAAGAUCACGGGCAAAGGCCUUCGGCUUCAAGAAUGCGAGAACGUCAUAGUAUGCAAUCUUGAGUUCGAGGGCGGUGUAGGACCGGACGCUGACGCUAUCCAGAUCAAGCCCAAGUCCUCUAACAUUUGGAUCGAUCGAUGCAGCCUUCGGAAUUACUACGACGGCCUUAUCGAUAUCACGCGAGAAAGCACCGACGUAACUGUUUCGAGGUGCCAUUUCAAGAACCAUGACAAGACAAUGCUGAUCGGAGGGCACCCGAGCCAUGUGACCGACCGAUGCAUCCGAGUCACGAUCCAUCACUGUUUCUUCGACGGCACGAGGCAGAGACAUCCUCGUAUCCGGUUCGGGAAAGUCCAUCUCUACAACAAUUAUACCCAACACUGGGCCAUUUAUGCCAUCGGUGCGGGAGUCGAAUCUCAGAUACAUUCUCAGUGCAACAUAUACGAAGCCGGUAAAAAGAAGGCCGUCUUCAAGUACAUCACCGAGAAGGCGGUAGAUAAGAAGGAGGCCGGGUCGGGAUUCGUAAGAUCAGAAGGAGAUUUGUUUCUGAACGGAGCUCAGCCGUGCCUCGAGCACGGUGGCGAGGACCGCCGCACCUUCCGUCCGGAGGAGCAUUAUGCCACGUGGACCGUCGCUCCUCCAACGGACAGACUCAAACACUUCCUCAAGACCUCGGCCGGAUGGCAGGACGUACCUCUUCCGCCGGAGAAAUAACGCUGCAAAGCAAGAAGAUCAUGUCGUAGAGGACUCGAUCUAAACCUCAUGUUGUCGACGUGACGGAAUAUUAAAUUUCAUAAAGUGGGUGGUUAUGCAUGAAGACGUAUUCCACGUCCGAUAUAUAGUCUUUUUUAUUCCAUGACUUUGAACUCGUGUUUUCGUUAAGAGACCAUGACCUGUAGUUGGUCCAUCGUCCAUUGUAGGGUCGAGAAUUAUAUAUAUAUAUAUUUGGAUAACCGGAUUUCCUGGACCGAGGCCCAUAUUAAUCUCGGGGCUCGGAGUCAGUCAUGUGAUUUGAAUUAUGCGUUCCCUUCCCGACCUGAGGUUCGAACUCGGAACGGGAUAGGCUUUGCGUCCCUAUUUCACCAGUUGAACUAUCCAGACUGGGUAAACACACAUAUAUUCAUGUGUAAUAUUAUGUAUUACCGAUUAGAA